AUGGAAAUGGAAAGAGAAGGAAGACGAGAGGAGAGCGAAAAAGAGCUGGGCCAGAGAGUGAAUGAGCUGACCAAUCUGAUGAAGAUAUUUCGAGAGAAGGUAGACAAUUUGGAGAAAACAGUCCACUCAGUGGAGACAAAGAUGGUGGAUCUGAUCUACAAUCUAAGCAAGGCAAAAGAGGACAUCGAAGUGCAGUACAACACCAACAAGUCCUCCAAAGUAGACUAUGCAAAAUAA